CAAGCAUAAAAAAAUAUUUGUAUAAAUAUUGUGGUUAUAUCUACCAAACAUAUGUUUAAAGAACUUUCAAAUAUACGACAAAACAAUGAAGAUAUUCGUACUACCUGUAUUAACAAUAUUGUUUGUUUUAGGACAUUGUUCUAUACACCAUAAUUUGAAAUAUUUUGAGACAAUACAUGCGUCGAGUUUCUCCCAUAGUAUUGUCAAGCGUGGUGCAAAACUUUCUAAUCAUCCCUAUAAUACGAUAAAGGAGGUUCGCUUCAAGACCUUGGGAAAAGACUUUCGAUUGAUAUUACACCCGCAGAGUUCUGUUUUGCAUUCCAAUUUUAAAGCCUACUCUGUUGAUGCUGAUGGUAAAGAGACUACUGUGCAUGUUGAUCGUGAGAAUUUCUUCACUGGCAGGGUAUUUGGAGAAACAAAAUCAGAUGUUAAGUUACAUAUGGAAGAUGGUGUAAUGACAGGAAUCAUACAUACACCUGAUGAAACAUAUCAUGUGGAGCCGUCCUGGCGACAUCUGCCUGAUUUAGAUGGGAAGAGCAUGAUCACUUAUCGUUCUUCUGAUAUUCGGUACAGUUGGGCUGGUGAUGCAAUUCCCAACAAACCACGGGUUUGUGGUUAUGUUAAAGAGGGAAAAGAAUUGGAAGACGACAGUGAUGACGUACAAGAAGAAUAUGAUAUAGAAUUGAAGCAUGAACAGCUUGAAAAAGAAAAGUAUUUGGACCAAACAAACUCAUACCAUCCAGCUAAUGAAGCUGACACAAGUAAUGAUGGUCCUAAAAAGAGGACUAAGAGACAGAGUGAUUAUGAAUAUACGCCAACAAAAACAAGAUGUCCCCUAUUACUUGUGGCUGACUAUAGAUUCUUUCAAGAAAUGGGAGCUAGCAACACCAAAACCACCAUUAGUUAUUUGAUAAGUUUAAUUGAUCGUGUGCAUAAAAUUUAUAAUGAUACUCUGUGGCAGGAUAGGCAGAUAUUUGUUUAUUUAUUGUGGUUAUAUCUACCAAACAUAUGUUUAAAGAACUUUCAAAUAUACGACAAAACAAUGAAGAUAUUCGUACUACCUGUAUUAACAAUUUUGUUUGUUUUAGGACAUUGUUCUAUACACCAUAAUUUGAAAUAUUUUGAGACAAUACAUGCGUCGAGUUUCUCCCAUAGUAUUGUCAAGCGUGGUGCAAAACUUUCUAAUCAUCCCUAUAAUACGAUAAAGGAGGUUCGCUUCAAGACCUUGGGAAAAGACUUUCGAUUGAUAUUACACCCGCAGAGUUCUGUUUUGCAUUCCAAUUUUAAAGCCUACUCUGUUGAUGCUGAUGGUAAAGAGACUACUGUGCAUGUUGAUCGUGAGAAUUUCUUCACUGGCAGAGUAUUUGGAGAAACAAAAUCAGAUGUUAAGUUACAUAUGGAAGAUGGUGUAAUGACAGGAAUCAUACAUACACCUGAUGAAACAUAUCAUGUGGAGCCGUCCUGGCGACAUCUGCCUGAUUUAGAUGGGAAGAGCAUGAUCACUUAUCGUUCUUCUGAUAUUCGGUACAGUUGGGCUGGUGAUGCAAUUCCCAACAAACCACGGGUUUGUGGUUAUGUUAAAGAGGGAAAAGAAUUGGAAGACGACAGUGAUGAUGUGCAAGAAGAAUAUGAUACAGAAUUGAAGCAUGAACAGCUUGAAAAAGAAAAGUAUUUGGACCAAACAAACUCAUACCAUACAGAUAAUGAAGCUGACACAAGUAAUGAUGGUCCAAAAAAGAGGACUAAGAGACAGAGUGAUUAUGAAUAUACGCCAACAAAAACAAGAUGUCCCCUAUUACUUGUGGCUGACUAUAGAUUCUUUCAAGAAAUGGGAGCUAGCAACACCAAAACCACCAUUAGUUAUUUGAUAAGUUUAAUUGAUCGUGUGCAUAAAAUUUAUAAUGAUACUCUAUGGCAGGAUAGGCAGGAUAUGGAUGGAUUUAAAGGCAUGGGGUUUGUAAUUAAAAAGAUAUUGGUACAUUCUGAACCUACACGAGUCCGAGGAGGAGAGGCUCAUUAUAAUAUGGUGCGUGAGAAAUGGGAUGUUCGGAAUUUGCUUGAGGUGUUCAGUCGAGAAUAUUCACACAAAGACUUCUGUUUGGCUCACUUAUUUACUGACCUUAAAUUCGAAGGCGGCAUCUUAGGUUUAGCCUAUGUCGGUUCGCCGCGUAGAAAUUCAGUCGGUGGUAUAUGCACCCCAGAAUAUUUCAAGAACGGAUAUACGUUAUAUUUGAACUCUGGCUUGAGUUCGUCCCGGAAUCAUUACGGGCAGCGCGUGAUCACCCGGGAGGCGGACCUGGUGACGGCGCACGAGUUUGGCCACAACUGGGGCUCCGAGCACGACCCCGACGUGGCCGAGUGCUCCCCGGCCGCCAGUCAGGGGGGCUCCUACCUCAUGUACACUUACAGCGUCAGCGGGUACGACGUCAACAACAAGAGAUUUUCACCGUGCAGCCUAAGAUCUAUCAGAAAAGUGUUGCAGGCCAAAUCUGGAAGAUGUUUCUCUGAACCGGAGGAGAGUUUUUGUGGAAAUCUUCGUGUCGAAGGAGGAGAGGAAUGCGACGCUGGCCUGCUUGGUACUGAAGACAAUGAUAUGUGCUGUGAUAAGAAUUGUAAAUUGAGAAAAAAUCAAGGCGCUGUCUGCAGCGACAAGAACUCCCCGUGCUGCGCCGGCUGUGUGUUCGCGCCGCCCGGGCUCGUGUGCCGGGAGGCCGCGCACUCCGCCUGCGAGGGGGAGGCCAUCUGCAACGGAGCCUCCGCCGACUGCCCCAAGGCGCCCGCCAUCGCGGACGAGCACGAGUGUGCGGAGCGGGGCCGGUGCCGCAACGGCACGUGCAUGCCGUACUGCGAGACGCAGGGGAUGCACAGCUGCAUGUGCGAUAUAGGUACCGACUCCACACCUACAUACCUUACUUUAUACGAAGAAAAGGUAUGUGAGAAGACAAUACAAGACGUGGUCGAACGUUUCUGGGACAUCAUAGAGGAUAUUAACAUAAACAAUGUGCUGGGUUUCCUCCGGGACAACAUCGUGGGAGUGGUCGUACUCGUCACUGCCUUCAUAUGGAUACCUGCCAGUUGUGUUAUUAGCUAUGUUGAUCGUCGGCGUCAGCGGCAGCAUCAGAAGUAUUUGGAGUGGGAGAGGCAACAUGAUCUGAUCCAUCCGUCGUCACCGAGAAAAGUUAUACACACACGAUUACCGAAACAGAAACCUCCGGGAAUUAAAUCUGCCAUACAAGGCAGCAGUCAACUGUAGUACGUUAGUAGUUAAUUAUUAAGGUGUAUUUAAGGUCUAUUUAAUAAAAC